AUGCCGACCUUGGCAGUGGUUAACUUCAAUAUCGUCUGUGCGACGUUAGGUGGCUUCAUCACUGCCUUCGGACUUGUUUCCUAUCUGCUCAAAGAGAAAUACUACCUAUCCGAAGCUCUCAUAUCUACGCUUGCGGGCGUAGUCUUUGGACCACAUGCGGCAAACUUCCUCAGGCCGCUUGAUUAUGCCUUGGGUGACGAAGAGGCAUUGGGUACAAUCACCUUGUAUUUCACAAGGCUAGUCCUCGGUGUGCAGCUCGUGCUUGCUGGCGUUCAGCUUCCAAGCAGAUAUCUAAUACUUGAAUGGAGAAGUCUUGGUUUACUUAUCGGUCCUGGUAUGACCGGGAUGUGGGUCAUGACAAGCCUUCUCGUAUGGGCAAUGGUCCCUCAUCUAAGCUUCUUACAUGCUCUCGCUGUUGCUGCAUGUGUCACUCCGACUGACCCUGUAUUAUCAAACUCCAUUGUCAAAGGUAAGUUCGCGGACAAGAACAUACCAAAAGAGCUGCAGAAGAUCAUAACGGCCGAGUCGGGUGCAAAUGAUGGACUCGGCUAUCCUUUUCUCUUCCUUCCCCUCUAUCUUAUCAAGUACAUUGGGGAGGGUGGUGCAGGUCAAAGUGGAGGAGCCGGUAAGGCUAUAGGCUACUGGUUUGGUGAAACCUGGGCCUACACCAUCAUUCUUAGUAUCGUCUAUGGCGGCGUGGUCGGGUGGAUCGCGAAAGAGCUCUUGCACUGGGCCGAAGAGAGGAAAUUUGUGGAUAAAGAAAGCUUCCUGGUGUUCGCUAUCACCCUAGCUCUGUUCAUAGUUGGUACUGUGGGUAUGAUAGGCAGUGACGACGUACUUGCCUGCUUUAUUGCUGGAAAUACGUUCACAUGGGAUGACUGGUUCCGCCUCGAGACAUUGGACGAUUCAUUCCAACCGACCAUUGACAUGCUUCUAAAUGUCACAGUCUUUGUGUGGUUUGGCGCCAUCUGCCCUUGGCAUGAGUUUGCCCACAACAAUGUGAUCCCUAUAUACAGGCUCAUCUUUCUGGGCAUCCUGAUUAUGCUGCUCCGCCGACUACCAGUCAUAUUCGCCCUGCACAAGAAGAUACAUCAGAUUGAAGACUUCCGCCACGCCUUGUUCGUUGGAUUCUUCGGACCCAUCGGCGUCUCCGCCAUCUUCUAUCUUUAUGUCAGCUUGGAAUUUCUAAGAGGUAUUACGGUUGAUGGUGAGCAGCGUGCAGAUGCCCGGAAGCUUGCUGAAGUAAUGUAUGUUGUAAUUUGGUUUGCAACAAUCUGCAGCAUCGUCGUCCAUGGUUUAAGUAUACCUGUGGGGAAACUAGGCUUUUGGAUCCCACGCACGUUGUCCAAUGCUGUGACCUCUGCAAGUGGUAGCGAUACACCAUUUCGCACCCGUGGUACCGCUCUUGAGAAUACUGAUCUGAGUGCGCGCGCACGUCGCUCCGGUAACACAACGCCAACAGGUGAUAGCAGUCUUCCUCGAUCUCUAUAUCGCAUUGGGGGAUCCAUCAUCCGUAGCAAACCAGGACAACAUGGCCCCCCGAGGGAUGCCUUAGCUUCACAGGAUCGAAUCACUGUUCCUCCCACUACAAUCGACGGCGGUAUUGCUCCGAGAGCUAUUCGCUUCCCAGAUGAUGUCGGAGAUUCGCAAUUGCCAGAGAUCGCGCGCGCACGAAGCUCUACCAGGAGCAGCUGA